AAUGAAGAAGACAACGUUUGUUAGGAAGGGAGCCUCUCUUCAGAGACAACUCCCAACAGGUACCAAACCAUCUGUACACAAUGGACAAUUACUCGUCUCAUCAGGUCUUCACGAUUUGGAUAGUAUUAUUGGUGGUGGUUUUCCUUUGGGAAGUUUGGUUUUAAUUGAAGAGGAUCGUUAUAGUGAAUAUUGUCAGAAUUUGAUGAGGUAUUUCCUCUCGGAGGGUGUUACUAAUAGACACUCUGUUGUCUGUGGUAUUUUCAAUCAACAACAAAUUGCUCAACAACAAGCAUCAUCAUCAUUGCUUCAUCCUUCUCUUUCCUCUGUUUUUGCUUUUAAUUAUUCACGUUUUAAACAAGAACAAGAAUUGAAGGAAGAAGAAAAGGAAGCCUCUACUACUGCUCAAACAUCUGCUACUUUACCAGAAAAAACCGAAGAACAACAACCAACAAAACCAGCCUCUAAUAGUAUUAUGGAUAGAUUGAAUAGAAAAAUUGGAGCCAAUGCUGCAUCUAAUAGUAGUGGAGGUUCUACUACUCAACUCUCUAAUUCAACUUCUCAAUCAGGAAAUGAUAGUGAAUUGAAAAUUGCUUGGAGAUAUCAAGAUUUCGUCGAACAACAAAUCAAGGCCAAACAACAACGUGGUACAUCAUCUUCUGCUAGCUCUGGAGAAAAGAGUGGUGUUAUUGGUACUGUUUUGUGUAGUGAAUAUGAUUUGAGUAAGAAUAUGCAAGAGGAAUUAAUCAAGGAAAAUUUGGAUGGUAUUCAUGUCUUGUUUGAUAAGGAUGAAAUUUUCGAAAGUGACAAGGAAGAAAUUAAAAUGUUCUACGAUGACAUACUGAAAAAGAUUGCCAAUAUUAUCACAGAGAGUAAGAAGCAUUUUGCUUCAACAGCUACUGGAAAUGAAAUUUCAAGCAGAGCAGUUGUUAGAAUUGGAUUACAAUCACUGGGAUCAUUGUUCUAUAAUUCUGGAUCCAAUACUCACCAUCAUAAUUACAUGCUCAGAUUCCUUUUACAAUUGAAGAGUCUUUUGAGGUCUAGUCUUUCAGUUUGUGUCUGUACAAUUCCAAAGGUAGCUCUUCAAAUGAUGUCAUCAUCUUUGAUUCAACAAUUGGAACAAUUAUCGGAUUUAUCCAUGUCUAUUGACAGUUUUACAGGAUCUCAAUUGGAUGUUAGUGAUUGGGAAUUUAAGGAAUAUAGUGGACUUUUCUACAUUAAGAAACUUUUCAAGAUGAACUCUCUGACCUAUAAUUUCACUCCUGAUACUUUGAAUUAUGCUUUCAAGAUUAAGAAGAGAAAAAUGUACAUUGAAAAGUUGCACCUUCCACCAGAAGAAACCAGAGAAGCCUCAAAUCCUGAUCGACCAAAGUUCAAAGCUUCCAACGAUGUCGAAAGACACAAACUCAAAGUUAACAAGGUUUUGAAGGAAGUUCCAUCUGUGAAUCAACAAAAUGAUCAAUCACUUCAACAAGCAGAUGAUCACGUUUUUGGUUGUGCAUCUCAGUCAAGUGUGACAGGAUCUAAUCCAUUAGAUUUCUAAUAAAUUAAUUUAUUGUUUUUCUUUUGUUUG